AUGGCCAUAGUCGUGGGUGCGGCCGAAUACGGAGAAAUCGAUUCCCGACUCGCGGAAAUAGUGCACGAGCACUAUACAAUCGAUGCCUGCAUUGUGCUGUCUGGUAUAUGCCACUUCCAGCCAUUCGGAAGAGAGACCAAGCAGCUCCUGCUUCACGGCUGCCGUUUUAUUGUCUCAGUGUCUCCUGGCUGUAGAAUGGUUGCGGGCCAGGAGACACGCGAACCCGUCACGGCCGACAAGGCCGAAGCUAUGGUCGACAUGGCCUUGUCACUGGCUUUAGCCAGCAUAUCGAAAAAUUUCUUCGACGACAGCCCUUUUCCGGCCAAGGCGCCGCAACGCAAAUCGUUUGUCAAUCCGGCUGAUCCGGUCUUGGGCAUCGCUGGUAUGGGAGAGGUCGGCAAAUACGUAUCGAGAAUGGCAGCGUCGCGGAAGAUUCGCGUGAAGUACUUUGAUAAAAGUCGCCUGGGCAUUGAUGGCGAGGCAUAUUAUCAGGCGUGGUAUUGCCGCUCGGUUGAGGAGCUGAUUUCGGAGUCGGACGUAGUGUUCAACUCUACGUUACUCGAUUCAACCGAACGGAACGUGGCACCGAAAAAGAUCGUCCCGAAGGAUAGCACGUUGCCCAUCAAGGUAUAA